CCGAAUCCAGUCUUCUCCGUUUCAGCGGACCUUCGGCAAGGUCCCAUUGUUUUCACCCGAAACAACUCUGAAUCAGACAUUGCUCAAAAAUUCCUUUUCUUCAACGUUCUCAAAGACGGUGGUAUCCAUGUCUUGACUCCCCCUUCUGAGAAUGUUCCGCCUUCCUUUGGCUCCAGCUCCGGUGUCUUAAUCAAAGACGUCGAAAUCUCCACUGAUGUCUCUGCCCGAAUCUUCCUCCCUUCCUCUGCACCCACCAACGCGUGCACCACACAGAAACUUCAUGUCGUGUUAUUCAUCCAUGGAGGAGGUUUCUGUAUGCGAUCUGCCUUCUCUGAGGAUAACACGCGCUUUGGUUGUCACAUUACCGCUGAUGCAAAUGCCAUUGUUGUUUCAGUAGAGUAUGGCCUUUUCCCUGCACGCCCUAUUCCUGCUUGUUACGACGAUUCUUGGGCUGCACUCGAGUGGGUGGCAUCUCACUGUAAGGGCAAUGGACCUGAACCUUGGAUCAACGAUUACGGUGAUCUUAGCCGGAUCUUUGUCAGUGGAAAUUCUGCAGGUGGGACUAUCUCUCACACAUUAUUAGCUAAGGUAAGGUCAAUGGGACUCCCUGGAGAUGCAAAGGUUGAAGGGAUGAUACUAAUUCAUUCUUAUUUCGGAGAAGAUGAUAAAAUGUGGAUGUUCAUGUGUCCUACAAACUUAGGGCCUCAGGAUCCGAGGAUGAAGCCUGCUGUAGAGGAUCUAGCUCGGAUCGCGUGUGGCAGGGUGUUGGUGGUGCUGGCUGAGAAAGAUGGACUGUAUGGUGCCGGAAAGACGUACGUGAAUGAGUUGAUCAAGAGUGAGUGGGAAGGGAAGGUGGACAUUAUGGUGAACAAAGAAAAAGAUCAUUGCUUUAAUAUUUAUGAUCAUUCAGAUCCUGAGGCUCUUGUUAUUCGUCAACGGAUCACUUCCUUUAUCCAUAAUCCGAGUUGAUAUGAUAAAAUAAUUAUUAUCUAAUUUUUUCCCUGGCUAAUCUUCAGAAAUAUAUUUGCAAAUAAAAAAAAAAAAUCUUGUAUGCAACGAAUUAAAUUAUUGAUGGGACGAUGUUAAAUGUGCAUUGUUCAGUUGUACGUUUAUUUGUAUUUGUGGACUGUAAAAGGUGAAACAUUUUCAACUUUGGUUUAGUACUUUACUAAUUGUUCAUGGAUGUUACAUUUUGUUACAGUUAAUACUAGAAUUAUA